CCACUGUGCAACUCCACGAUGCCGUGCAAUAUACUGCUAUGUCUUCAUCGCAAAAUCAGCAAGAAUCAAAUCAAAACAUUACCCCGCCUUCGAGCUUUACAGACCAACCGUUGACCCCGCCGCCGACCGACGAGAAGCCCUUCGCGCAAGCCCCUCGCGUUAUCGCGCUCUUCCGCGAGAUUCGGGCCGGAAAGCAUAGCAAUCAAGGCCCGUGGAUCGAGUUUCAGCUUGCAGAAGGAGAUUACGAUAAGAUAGAGCAUCUGCUCAGCCAAGACGAGGAGCUGCUGGGUUUUGUAGAAGACAAAAUAAGGUAUGAUUACGCCGCGGAAAGUCGUCGGCUUGUCGUUCGCAUGCCUACAGCCGUACACGAAUUGUUCAUCGCCCGCGUCGAGGAUGCCGUAUUUAGUCAACUGAAAUCGAUCCGUGAAGGAUCGGACGAUGCGGCAGCUUUUGCCCAGAGAGUGAACCCAGCUCGGUCUACUGAAAUAUAUUUUCCAGUCGAGAACGAUUCAUCCGGCAGGAAGUCUAAACACGAGCCAGACGCGUCUUUCUGGCAUGACAGUGCACAAUACCCUGGGGUUGUCAUUGAAGUGGCAUAUUCACAGAAGAAGAAAAGGUUGGAGCGGCUGGCUGAAGACUACCUCCUGGACUCAGACGCCAGCGUACAGGCUGUUGUUGGGCUGGACAUUGAGUAUGGCAAGAAAGACUCGCGCAAGGCAACGCUCUCGGUGUGGCGUGCCGGAGUUUUCCGCACUGCUACUGAAGAUGAGCUACGGGUAGUGAACGAGGUCGCGGAUGAGGCGUUCCGUGACGAUCAAGGGAACGAUACCGACCAUCCAGGCCUACGGCUACGCCUCAGUGAUUUUGCGUACGAAGAAUUAGUGCAGAAGGAGCUUGGAGACCAGAAUCGAGAAAUACACAUAUCAGGUCAACAACUUUGCCAAUUUCUCGCUGCGGCGGAGAGCAAGAUACAACAAGUGAGAUCACUUGGCAAGCAUUCGGUUGCUCCUGGUGUCCAUAAGAGAAGGCGGUCGGAAACGCCACCAGAAGAGAUCGCUUCGGGUGAUGAAGAGCGAUACAUGGAACAAGAGAGGGGAGUAGCGAAGCGUGUGGAAGCCAAGGACUUGAAUUACGAAGAUACAUCCUGAAUCAAAAGCUCGUCAGAAUUGACUAGAGGAUCUCAUCCUUGAC